CUCUCCUUCCUCCGAUCACCAAUACGCACAUUGUUCACAAUGACUUCUUCAACAAAGAACAUAUUGUCGAGGCUAGCACCAUAUGGUGCUUGUGAUGUUGCAGACGCACUUACUAAACUCAAGCACCCCGCAGGCGGUUUUCUCUCCGGCUUGAAGCUUCGAGGCCCUGACCAGAACACGAAGAUUAUUGGUCGAGCCCAUACCGUCCUCUUCCGUGCAAACUCAGUGGCGCCGCAGAAGAAAGGAUUCAAGGGGCACUAUAUCGACAGCGUCGUCCCAGGCUCUGUCCUCUUUAUGUCCGCACCUGCCCAUUUACACAAUGCCAUCUACGGCGGGCUCAUGUCAAUGAGAGCCAAGUCUUUAGGUGCUGUGGGUACAAUCGUUGAUGGCCGUCUGCGAGAUCUCGCCGAGCAUCGUCGCAUGAACUAUCCAGUCUUUUCUCGAGACGUGGGUAUCACGGCUGGCCAGGAGGUCUGUUAUUCUUCCGAGAUCAAUGUCCCAGUGCCUUUGCGAUCCCCCCACCAACCUGAUGUCUGGAUUAACCCAGGAGACAUCAUCGUUGGCGAUGAAAACGGUGUUGCUUGUAUUCCCCAGGAUUUGGAAGAUGAGGUUGCAAACCUAAUACCUUUGCUUGCUGAAAGGGACAGGCUUUCCAUGGAGGAUUUGAUUACUGGCAUGAAGGCCGAAGAUGUUUUCCGCAACCGUCGUGGCGCUUCCUCUACCAAAUAACAUUAGAAACAUCGAGUUAUAACUACUCUAUUGGAUAUAUAUGGCAUGAUGGAUACAUGG